AUGUUGGAAGAUUGUCAAUACAUUGGAAUAUAUCGUUGUUUAUCUAUCCGUUAUGAAUGUCUUAUAUUAAAUCCACGUGAAGAGAUUAAAAAAGUUCUUGAUUUUCUUGAAUUACCAUGGGAUGAUAAGUUAUUGGAACAUGAAAAGUUUGUUUAUAAUACAUCGAAAUUAAACAAAUAUGAAGCAAGCUCAAUUCAAAUAGUAAAAUCAAUCCAUAAUAAUUCUUUGGAUGCAUGGUCACGUAAUGAUUCACCUAUUCUUACUGAAUUUUUUAAAUUGAUGACUACAAAUAGUUCACUUUUAAAAGUAUUAGGUUAUGUAAGUGAUGAAAUCCAACCGAAUUAUAAGAAUCUAUGCAAUAGUUAAGUGAUGUCAUAGUUUAUUUUCGCACAGACAUGGAUAUAUUUUUUUAAUUUGGCUUUUUUUUUAAAAAAAAUUAUUAUUUUACCGGUUUUCGUAUUUACAAAUUGUAAUAAUGAACAUUUUCACCUGUUUUCAUUUUCGAAUCCUUCAUAGUAACAAUUUUUCAUUGUAUCUGUUUAAUUUAAUUUUUUUAAAUGGUGUGUUUUUUGUCGGUAAAAUGAAAUAGUCAUUGUAGUAACAAUAUUUUUCCUUAAAAAUCAAUUGAUAAUAUUUAUUUAAUAGUUGAAUUUAUGAGAUAAUUGAAGCUAAACCUCCAUCGAAAAUCUGGAAAUACUGGACGGUCG